CACUGUAGUUAAGUCCAGGACAAACAUUUCCUCUGCAGGAGAAUUUUGCUCGCAAUCUUCUGAAGUCCUAGUCUCUGUAAUUGUGCAUGAUUGCCUUGGCUUGUGCUCAGUUAGGCUUACACCAAUCAGCUCAUUGCUGGUUAAUGGGUGACACCAUUUAAACACAUCAUGUCUUUGCACCCAUUUCUCUUAGCCUCCAGAGGCAUCCACAUGGCAGGUAUUGUUCAUCGUUACCGUAGGAGAAGGUACCGUCAAAGGUUGCAUGCUGAGCAUGCCAAACCACUCAAGCAAUACACAUCAGAAAAACUUCAUGCACGUUUUCGCUUUGGGAGAGAUGACAGUAAAUACAUUGCAGAUCUUGUCAGGCCAACACUCCAACACCAAACCCAAAGGAGUCAUGCUUUACCCGUGGAGGAACAGUGUUUAAUCGCUCUGUGCUUUUACGCAUGUGGGACUUUCUACCAAGUAAUUGGUGACAAUAUGGGAGUAAAAAAAGCAACCGUGAAUUAUGUGGUGAAGGAUAUGUCAGUAGCCCUGGGCAGUCUGAUCAAUGAAUUUGUUUCCUUUCCUAAGGAUGACCAGACAGCUCAGAUUAAGCACAAAAUUUUUCAAAUGGGGAACAUGCCUAGCACUAUUGCUGCUAUUGAUUGUACUCAUGUGCAUAUCCAAGCACCUUGUGAAAGGGAGUGGGAGUAUGUCAAUCGAAAGGGGAGGCACAGCAUCAACAUCCAACUUGUGGGCAACACCGACCUCAUAAUAACCAACUGUAUUGUGAAAUGGCCAGGGUCUGUUCAUGAUGCACAUAUUCUAAGAGAAAGUGCACUAUACAGAGAGCUUCAAUCCCACCGACCAAAUGGCACUGUAUUGGGAGACAGCGCGUAUCCCCUCCUACCAUGUUGUUGUUGUCAUUGCCAUUAAUAUACUGUGGAAUUAUAGAGCUGUGAGCAACAUUGACAUUUAUUUGACAGCUG